UAGUGAUAAUGGAGCAUUUCAUCUUCAUCUUCCUCAAUCCACUUUACGUGGAGCUGGAGCAGAUUCAUCAAGAAUGAACCUAAUCUAAGCAGAUUUCCUUUUUUCAAUUCGUAUUAACCUAGAGUUUGUGUUCGCAUUUCUAGAUUCAUCAAUGUCAAAGAGGACACAUCUCGUUCAUUUCACUAAUCACGGCACUUCGAAGAGUGUAGAAUCGGAAGAGAACGAGAAUGGAUUUGAAAACUCUUCAAAUUCUAUCCAUUUUCUGACGAAGAGAUCGCCUCUGAAUACUAUUGCAGAUCCAUCUCAGUACAUUGGAGGAUUUAAAGAUUUGGAUUUCGGAUCGCUCCAGAAAUAUGAUGGUAGGUGGCCAAAUAUAUCACUGGAUAACAAACAGGAAGAAAGUGGUGGAACUCCUCGGGCUUCAACUGGUAAAGGAAAAGCACAAUCGGAAACAAGCUCUACUCACGGCACUCCAGUGAAGCGGAUGUCGAGUAUUGGAACUAGACCUCCUGGUCAUUCUGGAGCCAGAGGAGGGAGUUCUUAUAAGGUUAUUAGAGGAGCAUCGUUUGUGAAUCAUGAAGAUACAGUUGUUGUCCCAACGUUUGACCUUGAGGAAGAUCCUUCGUUUUGGAAGGAUCAUAAUGUGCAGGUUUUGAUUCGAAUCAGACCCUUAAGUAACAAUGAGGUGAUAUCUCAAGGACAUGGCCGAUGUUUGAAGCAAGAAAGUGCGCAUAGCUUAGUAUGGGUUGGCCAUCCCGAAACUAGGUUCACCUUUGAUCAUAUAGCUUCUGAGACAAUAUCACAGGAAAAGUUGUUCAACGUUGCUGGACUGCCAAUGGUGGAUAAUUGCAUUUCUGGAUAUAAUAGCUGCAUGUUCGCAUAUGGUCAGACGGGAAGUGGGAAGACAUAUACUAUGAUGGGUGACGUAUGUCAGAUGGAUGGAAAACUCAAUGAGGACUGUGGAAUUACCCCUCGCAUUUUUGAAUAUCUAUUCUCAAGGAUUAUAGAGGAAGAGGAGAAAAGGAGAGAUGAAAAACUGAAAUUCAGUUGCAGAUGCUCAUUCCUAGAGAUAUACAACGAGCAAAUAACUGAUCUCCUGGAGCCUUCAUCAACUAGUUUGCAACUCAGGGAGGACUUAAAGAAAGGGGUAUAUGUUGAAAAUCUUACUGAACAUAAUGUGCGAACUGUGAAUGAUGUGCUCAAGCUUUUGUCACAGGGUACUGCAAACAGGAAAAUGGCUGCAACCUACAUGAACAGUGAGAGCAGCCGUUCACACAGUGUUUUCACAUGUAUAGUUGAAAGCCAGUGGGAGAAAGAUUCACUGACUCACUUGAGAUUUGCAAGGUUAAAUCUAGUUGAUUUAGCUGGUUCAGAAAGGCAGAAGAGUUCUGGUGCUGAGGGUGAUCGCUUAAAGGAAGCUGCGAGUAUCAACAAAUCAUUGUCAACUCUGGGUCUGGUGAUAAUGUCCCUCGUUGAUCUGGCACAUGGGAAACACAAACAUGUACCGUAUAGGGACUCUAGACUCACAUUUCUGCUUCAGGAUUCUCUUGGUGGAAACUCAAAAACAACAGUUAUUGCAAAUGUUAGCCCAUCCAUUUGCUCUGGAUAUGAGACGCUAAGCACAUUGAAGUUUGCUCAACGUGCUAAACUUAUACAAAAUGAUGCUAAAAUAAAUGAAGAUGCUUCAGGCAAUGUAACCACACUACAAAGGCAGAUUCAACAAUUGAAGGGCCAGUUAUCCUUCUUGUUGGAACAACAUCAUAUGCCAAGUCCUUCACAACCUAACUUGAGUUAUUCACCGGAUUCUCACUUGCCUGGUGAAGUUAAUGUGCAUGGAGAUAGGGAGAAACUGAGUGAUAAUGAUAGAAAGAUGAAAUGCCUGGAAGCUAUUUUGGUUGGCACUAUCAGGAGGGAGAAACUGGCUGAGAGAACAAACAAGCAAUUGGAGGAAGAGCUUGAUCAAGCAAAUCUAUUAGCUCAAAAAAGAGAAGUUGAAGUUCAAAAGAUUCAAAGGAUGCUAAAGUUAAGUGGAGAAAGGAUUAGCCAAUUGGAAUUACUUGAACAUGGAUCCGGUGCUGAGAAGCAUCUGAUAGAGGAAACUAAUGUUCCCAAGGAAGAGACUCAGCUUCUUAAAGAGUGGAAUGAUACAGAUUCAGAGUUGACUCGAUUGCAAAUGGAAAACAGUAGAUUAGUCAAACAGCUUUCACUAUUUCAAGAAUUCUAUGAACAAGGAGAACGAAAAAAGCUGCUUGUUGAAAUUUCAGAAUUGCGAGAUCAGCUCCUAGAAACUCUUGAACAAAAGCAUGAUGGGCCAAAACAUUCUUUAGGGACUGGAGCACAGGAUAUUGACAAUGUGAAGGAGCUAAAAGAAUGCAAGUACAUGAAUUCCAAACUGAUUAGGGAGGUUGAUGAACUGGGUGCACAACUUGAGGAAUAUAUACGCGACAGCCAAUUGGUCACAGACAUAGAAAGCGAUACAACGAUAGUCAAACUAGCAGAUGACCUCUCACCGGUAGAGUGCUCAUCUAUGGCAUAUGAGCAGGGAGAGGAAAUAGAAUUUCAAAACAAGGAAAUUAAUGGAGAUUUAGAAAAUAUGCGUUCCAUGAUCAUGGAUUCCCUUGUUAUUCAACUGUUUGACACUGAAAAGGAGCUGGAAGAUGCUGAAGUUUUGAGUAAAGCAAAGGAACCCGAGGAAGUUGAAACGUUGCACAGUAAGCUAGACCAGUUGAGUAGAGACCUGGAGAAUGCUCAAUUACUCAAUCACAAAUAUCACGAGCAACAAGUAUCAAAACUUUCUGAGGAAAGUCAAGCUGAAUUAGUUCGAGAGCAGGUAGAGAUGGAAACAGCUAAAACCAUACUUCAGUUACAGGAAGAUAUUUCUUCUCUCCAGUCAGAACUUGGGGACAAAUUGUGUUAUAUGACGACAGAAAAUUUGAGACUGAAAAAGGUAGCAGAGGCUAAAGAUGACGAAAUGAGGAGAUUAUGCAAUGAUUGGGAACUGGCCACCCUGGAGCUAACAAACUUUCUUACAGAUGGUUCUCGAUCUCUCAAUGACGCCUCCUGUGAGAUUCAAAGUAUCGCUUCAUCAUUUCCAUGUGUCAAUGGUUGGCUAAAUGACCAUGUUGAGAGUGCUGCCAAAGUUUGUCUUCAAAAGGAGGAAACAAUUAUUUUGUUACAGAAGAGCUUGGAAGAUGCUCAAAAGAUGGUCUUGGAAAUGGAACAGAAAUUGAAUUUCUUGAAAGAAGCAGCAAUUGUUUUCUCUGAGGUUCAGAAGGAAGAAACUAAUCUAACUGCUAGUGAUGCUAUUAAAUUAGCUAUGCAGCCAAACUCAAAGCUCAACUCAAAUGAGUGUUUGGAGAAUAAACAUGUUUUGAAGAAAGAUCAUGUUAUUGAGGCAGGAGGAGUCAUGCCCAUGUCAAAGCUGGCCACUACUCUUGGAUCAAAUUCUCAACAUAUUAGUCAGAUGAAGGAUACAGAAUUGGCUACACAGAUACUUAAAAGUGCAAAUGCUAUUGUUGCAUCUAUUGAAGAUAUAGAUGGGUUUACCUCUGCUAUACAAAGUUCCAUCAUUGAAGCUUCUUCUUUUUACAGAGAGUUUAGUGGAACUUUAUUACAAGAUAUUUUCCAAAUGAGAGAGGAGUUUAAGACCAUGAAGGAAAACAUUGCUAGGGAUGAAAUUCCAUUUGUGGGAGAGAGAAAGUACCUUGAAAGAAACCAUUGUUGCAUUAGCCAUGGUUUUGAAAAGAAACUUGAAGAAAUCUGUAGAGAGUUCACUGCAAUAAACUCUUCUGUUAAGAAAAUAUUGCACGUAUGUGAAAACCCAGCGGGACUUUCACGUUUGGAAGAACUAGAUGGUCAAAAGGCUGCAUGUACUAGCUCAAACUCUGACUAUUUAGAAGAAUCUAUAUGUUCAGAUGAAUUUUCCAAACGAGUUUCACGUGUUUCCUGCAUUGAACGGACUGGAAGGACUACUGAGAAAGAUUUGGACACAGAAUCUGAUGGGCAUUUGAACCCGUCCAACAACUAUAAAGAAUCAGAAGGGUCUGCAAUACUUUCCAGAAGCUCAUUCAACAACAAAGCAGUAUUGUUAUGUUUGAAAGAGGAGAUUGAAAUGGCGAAUGAUGCUGCUAACUACUUACAUGUUCUGUUAGCUCCAUUUAUCAAUGAGGUAGACAAAGAGAUUGAAUCUGCAAGAUUUUGUACUCAGCAAUUUCUUGCUCAACCACGCUUCUGUGAUAUGAGAGAGAGUGUCAGGGAUAAGAAACUUAAUCCUGCUAGUUGCAUCACCAAACUUGAAGAAGUAUAUGCAGCCAUGAGCGAAGCUGAUAACAUGUUAAAAUCACUACUAAAAGCAAAUAAAACUGCAAACAACUUGGCUGAUAUGUGGAAAAUGGAAUGCAAUGAGCUAAUGGUGGAGAAAGAAAGCUUAACCAUUGAAAUUGAAAAGCUGCAAUCCUUGAUCAGUGUGAAAGACAGUGAAAAUGAAAUGUUGCAGAAUCAUAUUAAUUGUAGUCUGAAAGAAAUUAAUUAUGCUGUAUCUUCUCUUGAAGGAACCUUUCAGCAAAUGCAAACAGAACUAGUGGAAAUUCUUAAUGCUGAUUACGCCAAUGUGCGAGAGACGGUUGAGGGUACACUGAACCAUAUUUGCAAGUUCAGAUCAUUUCUUGAAGACAUAUGUGUUAUGACAACUGAAAAUGGGUUUUUAUUUGUUCUGAUGUCGGACAAUCAUAAGCGACAAUUUUUCAAUAGCAAAUCAUUCACAUCAGGCCCCUGUGGCAGUAUGCUCAGUUUACAAAGGAACCUAUUGAUGGAUAAGAAAGAAAAAUAUCUUUGGACUGGUGACAGUCAAUGCAUAAGUUCACAACAAAAUGAAGAAGGAGAUCAGAGAUGGAACGAGGGGACAUUGGUCCUAUCUGACAAUAAUCUACUACAUGAAAAUCACGUUUUGAAAAAAGAACUAGAGAGGAAAGAUGAUGUGUUAAAAGGUUUAUUCUUUGAUUUUAGUUUGCUACAGGAAGCAACUGCAACAACAAAGGAUUACAAAGAUGAACGCGAAAGAUUACUGUUGGUUUUAAGACAAGUCCAAAAAGAGCUAAUGAUGAAAACAAGUCAGGUCAAUGGAAUGCUGGAUGAGAAUAUUAAGCUCAAAAGUGGCUUAACAAAGUAUGUAAGGGGACUUGAUCAAGCUGAGGGAAGACUGAAUUUUCUAUCAGAAGAAAAUGAAGACUUAAGUGCCUUAGUUAAGGAUCUGCAAACUAAAAAUUCGGAAUUUCUGAACCAGUUAGUUGAACAGAGUGAAGUUGUCAAGAAUUUGGAGAAUGAAAUCCUCCGCUUGACUUGCUCUGCUGAUGAAAAGUCACUUCAGAGCAUGAUGGGUGAUUUGAGGAGGAUCACUGUAGAAAGAGAGGACCUUCAGAAUCUAGUUGCCUCCUUGCAAGAUAAGCUUGACAUGGCCUGUUCAUUUGCUGAUGAAAAUGAAGCUAUUGCUACAGAAGCUCGCCAGGAAUCUGAAGAAAGUAAAGUUUAUGCUGAGCAAAAGGAAGAGGAAGUCAAGAUUUUAGAACAUUCAGUUGAAGAGCUUGAAAGUACGAUUAAUAUAUUGGAAAAUAAGGUUCUUGAAAUGGAAGAAGGCAUAGAAAACCAGAGGUUAAUGAGAGAUUCUUUGGAGUACGAACUCGAGGAAUUGAAAGAGAGGAUGAUAACUGUUGAAACUUUCGCAGAGAAUAUAGACUCUGAAAAUUCAUUUCAGUAUCUUCCUGAUGAUCAAAUUUCCAGGAAACAUCAUAAUAGAUCUCUGGAGCACCAGGAGAUGAGCAAGCAUAUUAGGAUUCUUGAGGAAGAAAAAAUAGAAUUGAUUAAAGAGAUCAAACAAUAUAAAGAGUACAUCUCCGAGGUCAUAUUGCAUACAGAGGCACAAUCAUCCCAAUAUCAAGAGAAGUACACAAUCUUGGAAGCAAUGAUUGAUGAAGUGAAGACCAAUGCAGUGUCUUCCACUUGCAAUGCGUUGACAUUAGAUAGGUCUGAAAAAAGUUCAAGGCCACGAGGUUCCAGCUCACCUUUCAGAUGCAUAACAAAUUUAGUACAGCAGACUAACAUGGAGAUGGAUAGAGAGCUUUCAGAUGCUAGGCUUCGCAUACAAGAGCUGGAGGAACUUUUAAACUCUAGUCAGAAACAGGUGUGCGUGCUCAGUACAAGACUGUCAGCUGCUGAAAGCAUGACACAUGAUGUAAUUCGGGAUUUACUUGGCGUUAAGAUGGACAUCACAAACUAUGCAAACAUGAUAGAUCAACAUCAAUUACAAAGACUAGUGGAGGAAUCUCAGCAACAAAUGCAAGAGUUCAUAGCAAUGAAGGAAGAAAUUAGCAAUCUCAAGGAGCAUAUCGAUGGCCUACUUGAUCAAAGGGAAAGAUAUAUUUCAGAAGCAAAGAGAAGGCAGGCAGAAAUAAUCGCCACACAUAUAACGAUUGAACAGUUAGAAGAACACGACCGCUUGCUCACAUUACAAAACGAAAUGUUGAGGGUUGAGAAUGGUAAACUGCAGAGGAGGAUUUCAGAAAUGGAUGAAAGACUAAGAAAGCUUUUCGCAACACAAAAUGCUAAUGCUCCGCCACGAAUCCAGAAGCAGUUUAGGCUUAAGGAAAAUGGAAUUCCGAAUCAACAAGAGGAUGUCUCAGAAAUGAGUAGGAGAGUUGAAAAGUCGAGAAAGCUUCUAUCACAGGUGAAUAUGGAACCAAGUAGUUACCAUAAAUGAUAAUAGUAUAACAAUAACAGAACAUUCUUAGAUUUUAUGCAUUUUUUUGAGUGUUCAUUUCGUUCAUACUAUUUUCAAUGUUUCAAACAAUUCAUUAUUGCCUUUUUCUUAUAAAGUUUGCUUUGAUCGAUUGAAAUAAAACAGAAGAUUGCAUUUGA